UUCUGUACUGCCACUCUCGUCGCUUUGGGAGGCGAAGGCAGACACCGCCCGCCCACGGACGAAGCCAACGGGCACGGGCGCAACGGUUCCUUUUACGCUUUCUCUCACUCUGCCCGCCCCGUUGCUUCGUCGGAAGCACCCGGCGCGGGCUUCCCGUGAGGAAUGCGGGGAUGGAGUUGGAUCGGCUUCGUAGUCGGAUCAUUCCGUCGAUUCAGGUGUUCCGGCUGUUCCGCUUCUGGAUCUUGGGAGGUUGCUAGAAGUAGGGGUUUCUAGGGUUAAUUCUAAGUGGCCGUGAUUCGGGAAUGGAGGUGACCGACGGCCUCGAUUUGCUCCGCUCCCGGUGUUCUCUUUCUUCUGACAGUUUGAACUGUUCCUAGGGCAACGACUGCCAUGCAUCUCCGGGUUAAUUUUGACCUCGUUAAGGUUGAAGGGUACCUUUUUGUUUACCCAGAUAUCAGGGAUGAAAUGUGUGCCAUAUCUUGCGCUGAAACAGGACGUUCAUAUUAGCAUUGGUUUGUUCUACGGUCCAAGGUUUUAGAUGGUCGAAAUCAGAUGCACAUUAUGCUUUGGAAUUUCCCUUUUCGGCAUAAAGAACGGGAAGUUGGAGGCUCUGAAACUUUUAUUGAUGUCUGUAGUUUCUGAUCAUGACCAAGGCCAGCCAUCCAUAGCAUUUCCUUCAAAGACGACACUAGUGGUAACAUUGGCAACCAUUUCAAGGGGCAGUACAUCGCCAUCAGCCAUCAUCUUUGUCACCAUGUGCAUCUGACUAACUGCAUUCAUUUGAAGAACUAUAUGCACCGCCGCAGCCCCAACAUUGCCAGGAGGUCCCUCAUGAGGGAUCUCAUUGUCCUUCAGAAGUCGAGGUCACUGAGAGACCCCUCCGCCAGCCCUCCCUCGUGGGCCUCCCCUUACAAUGUGGGUGGCUUUGCUAGGAAAUCUGAAAGGAAGGCUACUACCAAUGGCAGGUGGAUAUCCAUAGGAGACAAUUGCCGGAGGGAGGCUGGUCGGUUGUCUGUAAGUUUGCCACUCGUUAGAAGUGUUGCCACAGCAAAAGUCACUGCCGCGGAAGCAACUGGUGAUUAUGUAUUUGAGGAAAUAGAUAGGGAUGCAGAGAUUACCAAAGUGGAAGAAGCCGGGAUAAGAAGUCACAAGAGUGAUAGUUUGUCUGGCAACCAAGUCUCUUCGAAGGACACACACAAGAAAGUGGUGGGACAAAGGAAAAGGGAGCCCAACAAGAGUGCUGAUGGACAGGCUGUGUGCCCUAAGACACUUUCGGAGCAAUUAGAAGAAGUUCCAGGUCAGACAGACGAUUUUAACAAAAAGAAAUCUGGCUUAUUUCAGCAUGGUAGACAUGAGAGUAAAAGGAGAACCAACAAUGCGGUAGAAGAAAACACUUGUGAUCAUUAUCGCCGGUCAAACAGAGGGAAGAAGUGCAGGCUGAAAGGAGCAAGGCGGGCUUGUAGAUCUAUUGAUUUGAGAGGUAUUGGUGAUUACCGAAAUCUGACCAAUGCUUCAGACUCAGUAGCCGUAGCUUCCAAGAAUCAGAAAGCUCAUCUGGAGAAUGUUGAAGAAGAUACUGAACUCAAGGCCGCAUGGACUCAGAGAAAUGUAUGUGGAAUUCCGUGGAAUUGGUCAAGGAUUCAUCAGCAAGGGAAGACAUUUCUUGAUAUAGCUGGGCGGAGUUUGUCCUGUGGGCUAUCUGAUUUUAGAACAAAAAAAGCUGAAGGCCUUGUUCCACAAAGGGAAGGAAAUACUUCGAAUAUGGCCACUGCAUUGGAUCAUCUGACUCCAACAAGUUCAGAUUCUGAAGUGCUACCGUUACUGACCGAGGUGCUGGAAUUUCAGGGUAAUGGUGCUAAUUGUCUCCCUUCAAAGGGUUAUUCAGGAGAACUGGAAAUCUUCUCUAAUCACAGCUUGAGGCAUUAUACAGACUCUGACCUUUCAUCUGAUGCAAGAUCAAGCCAGAAGAGAUAUAGACUGUUUGCUCAUGGCAGACACAGAAGUCUGACGCAAAAAUACAUGCCAAAAACCUUCAAAGAUCUUGUGGGACAGAACCUGGUUGUUCAAGCUCUUUCAAAUGCCAUUAUGAGAAGAAAAGUUGGGUUGAUUUAUGUCUUUCAUGGACCUCAUGGGACGGGGAAGACAUCUUGUGCUCGUGUAUUUGCUAGAGCCUUAAAUUGCUUGUCUGAGGAGGAUUUUAAACCUUGUGGUGUUUGUAGUUCCUGCAUUUCAAAUGAUCUGGGUAGGAGCAGAGAUGUGCUAGAACUGGGACCAGUUGGCAACUUUGAUUUUGAGAGCAUUAAAGAUGCCUUUGAUAAUAUGAUGUUGUUACCACGAUCGUCAAUGUACAGAGUGUUCAUUCUAGAUGAUUGUGAUGGCUUGCCUUCAAAUUUAUGGAGUACCAUUUCAAAGGUCAUUGAUCGAUCACCACGGCAUGUGAUUUUUGUCCUUAUCUGUUCAAAUCUUGACUCUUUGCCUCAUAUUAUCAUAUCCAGGUGCCAAAAGUUCUUUUUCCCAAAAGUGAGAGACUCUGAUAUCAUCUCUACUUUGCAAUGGAUCGCAACCAGUGAAGGAUUAGAAAUUGACAAGGAUGCUUUAAAACUUAUAGCAUCACGAUCAGAUGGUUCCUUAAGAGAUGCUGAGAUGACCCUUGAUCAAAUCAGUUUGCUUGGGAAGAAAAUUUCUCUUCCACUUGUCCAGGAGCUAGUUGGUUUGGUUUCUGAUGAAAAACUGGUGGAUCUGCUUGAUUUGUCAUUAUCUGCAGACACUGUUAACACUGUGAAGAGCUUAAGAGAGAUUAUGGAGACGGGGGUUGAUCCUCUGGCAUUAAUGACACAGCUUGCAACCAUAAUUACUGAUAUUCUUGCUGGUAGCUAUGUCUUUACACAAGAUAGACUAUGCAGAAAAUUUUUCCGUCGGCAAACUUUGUCCAAGGAAGAUAUGGAGAGAUUACGCAAAGCUCUCAGGACCCUCUCUGAAACUGAAAAACAGUUGAGGGCAUCGAGUGACAAACUGACUUGGCUGACAGCUGCUCUUCUUCAACUUGCUCCAGAUCAGCAAUAUAUGCUACCUAGUUCAUCCACGGACAGAAGUCUCGAUCACAGUCCAAUGCUUCUGAAUAACUCUCACGUCAUAGAUAUACAUGGAGGCUCUACCAACAAGCUGGAUGACAUGCAACUUCUGGACAGGAGCUUUUCAAGAGGUGUUGGUCAAGGGUACAACAACAAUAUAAGUGGUAAUGAGUUAAGUCAUAGUGUUACAAUGGCCAAUGGGAGGGGGCCAGCGAAGCCCAGUGAAGCUAUUGAAGCAAGUGACCUACACAACACUGGCAAGAGAUAUGAUAACAUUGAGAAGAUAUGGCAAGCAGUACUAAAACAUAUCCCAUCAGAUACAUUAAGAUGGUUUUUGUAUAAUGAAGGGAGUCUAAAGUCAGUUAGCUUAGGUGCCGCUCCUACUGUCCAGAUGGCGUUCAGCUCAAAUGCAAAUAAAUAUAGAGCUGAGAAGUUCAGAGGGCAGCUUUUGCAAGCAUUUGAAUCUGUACUUGCUUCACCGGUAAUGCUUGAAAUCAGCUGUAGAUCCAGGAACACUGUCAGACUAGAUGCCCCAGCUGCUCCCCUUUUGCCUAGUUCCGAGAGUGGUUCUUCUAAGAUGACAGUAAAGCAGCAAUAUGUAAAGAAUAAAAAUUCACUUAAUUCAGUCUCUGAAAAUCUUGCAGGGAAGCUUAUAGAAGAAAAUAUUCUUGGAAGGAUUUGCUCUGGUCAAGCUAGAUGGCUGCACCCUGGUCCCCCUGUGAUGACAGAAGAUGAAAUUGUUGAAGCAGGACCUCAUGAACUUCGGCUAACAAAUAAGACUGUAGGAUCAAUGGAAAAGGGAUUUGAAAAUGUAUGGGAAGAAGCAUCAGCUUCAUGUCACCACAGUAAUUUGGUUUCUUUGUCAGAAAGGAAGGACAAUGAACAAAAUCAAAGAAAAAACUUAGUUAGCGGCCAAGUAUCUCUUGCGCAUGUCAUUCAACAGGCAGAAGGUGGGUGGUCUAGAUGCAAAGCCAUGUCAGUAGCUGAGAAGCUUGAGCAGGAGAACUUUAGACUGGAGCCUAGAUCAAGAAGCUUGUUUUGCUGGAAAGUUCAUAGGACAACUCGAGCCAAGUGCUUAAACAUGAAAAUUAGAAGGAAACCGCAAUCUCUGUCGAAGCUAAUCAUAUGUGGAAGAUGCCUGCAUACCGCAUCGCCGAAAUAAAUUCUUGUCAGAUGGCAAGUCACUCAGCUCUUAAACCGAAAAAUUGGAAGGAAACUUGGAUCUCUGUCGAAGCUCAUCAUCAUAUGUGGAAGAUGCCUGUGCACUGGAUCACCAAAGAAAAUGAUUAAUGGAUUGCAAGUCACGCAGGGACGCCACCUGAACUUUGAGCACUUCUCCAAGAGACUCCAUUUAACGGUUGCCACUGGUUGUCAUUUGGCGUGGCAUUGAUGUGACAUAAGAAUCACAGUUGAUGUGGUCUCCAUGUGAUCCUUACCAUGUCAUCCGCAUGGAUGUCGGGGGACGGACUCAUCCAACUUGGGUGUCCCAUCCCAAAUUUUGAUGGGUGCUAUUGAUAUGACAUCCAUGUCAUCCUUACGAUGCGUACACGUUCAUCCAGCUUUGUGCCUAUCCAAAAUCUUGAGAAGGAGACACUGUCAUGGCAUCGAUGCGGUACUUUUGUCGUCCACCGGGGCACCACAUGGCAUGUAUUCUAUGAUGAGUUAAAUUGGUGUAGGAUGCUACGUGUUAACUCCACUGCGAUCCACUAUGACAGUAUUUAUUCCAUUCAUUUUAUUUUAUUUUCCAGAAAAAACCUUUAUUCAGUUUCAUCCUCAUAUGAGAGUUAUCCUGAUGGCUAGCAUUGUCUUGGACCAUAGUAUUUGUUUUGUACUCAGCUGACGAAGAUUUUUCUCGAUGUAAAAUUGACCAACCAUAGAAUUAAUCGUAGAUUCUUCACACCAAUAAAGUUCUC